CUGCUGUUCAUUACUCGAAUGCCAUAUUAAGAGAACUUUCUUGGGGAGGCAGCUUCGCAAGCAGGAGGUGGAAUCUGAGUCGACACCAAAUUGAAAUUCAGGACAACUCGUCGGAUAACAAUCCAGCUGCAGUCGUUGGGGCGCAUGCUGGCCGUCUAGCGGUUCGCUGCCCACAGCUUACAGCCUACAACCCAGAGCUCAUAGCCUUACACCCACAACAGCUCCUUGAUUUUCUGCCCCGGGCCCAAUGUAUGCCGGCCGGGCCACGCAAUUCGCAAAGAGCAUCGGCAGCAUGGCCUGCAGCAUACAAAAACAGCCCACUCAGCCAGCGUCCACGGCUACCAUGACCAUGACGGCUACGACCGUGGGCAUUGCAGGAGUGAGCGGAGCGACCGGAGGGGGUGGCGCCACUGUGCCCUCCACACCCAAGUCCAACAAGUCGGCGGCACAGCCGCGCGGCUCGCUGCCUACGGAUGUGCAUCAGCCGCCCCUAGAGUUUCAAUGGCCGCCUCCGUUGCCGGUUUCCAGUCACACGAGCAACUUGCGCCUCAAUAUGAUGAAUCAGGAUCCAAAGGACUUGCACACAGCACGAGCUAUUAUUGAAGAACUUCGCUCAAAAGUGCGCUUCCAGACGGAGCACAUAAUGAAGUGGCGCAAGGCGUAUGCCAUGCAGGUGCAGCAACACUAUCGCUAUCAGAAGGAGAAAUCGGAUCAGAUGAAUUCGCUGACGUCUCAGCUGCUGCUGCUGGAGGCGCGGCUUAAGCGCAAGCAGAAGCAAAUCGCGAGUCUGUUGAGCCAUCGGGAGCUGACCAUACAGCGCCAGCAGAAGAUCAUAGAUACGCUAUCCACGCGCCUGGUGGACCACGGCUUGGAGAGCAUCGAGGCGAGCUAUGCCAAUGAGCUGGACUCUCUAAACGACUCCGACUCGGCCGUGGUGCUAGAGGACAUUGACUCGGACAGCAACAUGACUCUGGGCACGCGUCGCAGGAGCAGCGGAGGCGGCGGACUGGGUGGCGUGCUAGCUAGUGACGGCAUCACCAUCGUGCGCUCCAUAUCGGAUGCCAUUGAGACGAAUCUGAAUAAGUAUGGAGCGGCCAGGCGCAACAAUUGCUAUCUGCGUCGUCCGGACAUACUGGAGACGGUGUACUCCGUGGAGGAGGAUCCGGAGCCGACCACAGACGUGGCCGAGAAGCGCGACAAGUUCAAGAAUCGAUCGGACAAAGCACUCAGCUCAAGCUCCACCGAGGGACAGAUCGACGGAGCGUCGGAUGCCACGGACAGCAAAGCCAAAGAUACUUCCAUGACGGCGGCCAUGGCCGUGCCGCGUCGCCAGCUGGGCGCACUGAAACGCUCACCCAGCCACGAUGCCACGCCCUGCACAACACUGAGCAUGAAGGUACCACAACUGCAACCCCAAAGCCCAAGCCCGAGCUCGAGCCCAAUCCCAAGCACCAGCCAACUUCCGGAGCAGGUGAACGGCAAGUCGCAGGUGACGACCUACAAUCGUGUCAUGUCCAACCAUCGAUCCGUGACCAAGCCCAAGGACGUGAAGUACAAGCGCAUCAACAAAGCCAAGUCCAAGAGUCUCGAGGAGCUACGCGGCCGGCUCAAGAACCUGGUGGAGCAGAGACCUGGCCUCGAUGCCGGCUACACAGCCGGCAUGAUGCCCCAAACAGCGCAGUCGUAUGCGUGACACACGGAGCAGCUCGACGACAGGCCGGUGCCAUUAGCGGAGGUAGAGCCGGCAGCGGCCCUAACUGCCCAGGCCAGCUUAUCUGCCGGCCAUACACCGGAUCAGACGACGCCGCAACGGCACAGCUGUCCCAAGCGCUCGUUGACGCUGCCUCGCAUCCUGGUGCCGCAAUCUGUGCUGGGGGCGUCGCACUCCGGCAGUGGGGGCGGCACUGGGCGUGGCGGUUUCUAGCAAUUAAAGAAAUUUUUCAUACGCAAUUGUGAUAAAAAGUAAAAUUGUUCUCUU